GCUGCUGUUUGGUACAGGAGCUCAAGAUUCAAGAUGGUGGCCAGCAUGGUGGAGCAUGUUGUAGCUGAUGCGGGGGCUUUCUUGAAAAACGCCGUUUUGCAUGAAAUUGGGAAGAAUAUCUACACGCUGAAGGAUGUGGUGAACGAAAUCCGGGAUAAACAAACAAAAAAGAACUUGGCGUUUUUACCCUACAAGCUCACCUUUAAAGAACCUUUUCCAGAACACGUUCGAUUCGUGACCGAGUUUGCCAAAAAGACCGGGGAUUAUCCCAGCCUGUCAGCUACGGACAUUAAAGUCUUGGCUCUGACCUACCAGCUGGAGUUGGAGAACUGUGGAGCUGCUCACUUGAAGAAAGAACCAGCAGUACAGGUGGAAAUACGCAGCACGCCGAGACACCCAGAAGCUCCGGUCAACAUCGCUGGAUUCCACCUUCCUUCUAAACAGAAAUCCUCAGCCUGCUCAGUGACUGACGUUCAGCAGCGUGUAGCAUCACGUGAACGUCCAUCUGCCGAGAUCUCCGAGUUUAACAGCUUCCAGUUUUGGAGAGAGCCUUUACCCAGUGUUGAUGAUGACUUACUGAAAUUAGUGGAAUCCUCAUCCGGCCCGGUCGCUGACGUUCGGCAUGACGUCGUGUCACGUGAGCCUCAGACCGCCGAGAGCUCGGAGUUCAACAGCUUCCAGUUUUGGAGAGAUCCCUUACCCAGCAUUGAUGACGAGUUAUUAAAGUUGGUUGUGAGUAAGGACGUCCCGGAGAAAGCGCGGCGUGUGGAUGUGACGUCUCCGAACGCCGAGAAAGAGGAUGAGGAGGGUGUGGAGGACGAAGACGGUGAAGAGGACGGCGGCGGCGGCUGGAUCACUCCCGGUAACAUAAAACGAAUCCAGAUGGACGCCGGUGAAGUCCAUCCUUCGGAAAACGUCACGGUGGGCUGCGUGACCACCGACUUCGCGAUGCAGAACGUGCUUAUUCAGAUCGGCCUGAACGUGCUGUCGGUCAACGGCAUGCUCAUCAGACACACGAGAAACUACAUCCUCCGCUGCCACGCCUGCUUCAAGACUACGACAAAUAUGAACAAAGCUUUCUGUCCACAUUGCGGCAACAACACGCUAAAGAAGGUGGCAGUGACGCUCGGCGAGGACGGCAACAUGCAGAUGCACUUCUCCAGCAACCCCAAAGUGCUCAAUCCUAAAGGAAAGAGGUACUCUAUGCCUUUACCACAAGGCGGAAAACACUCAAACAACCCGCACGUGGUGGAUGAUCAGCGUUUCCCUCAGCAGCGACUCUCUCGAAAGGCACGGGCGAAGACGGACGUGCUCGACCCGGACUACCUCGCCGGUGGAUCUCCGUUCACGGAGCACGACCUUUACAGCCGAGCGGCGAAUUUAAACCUACGGGAGGCUCAGUGCGGAGGAGGGAGACGACGCGCCAAUCCGAACGCCUCUCGCAAGAAGUUCGUCAAGAAAAAGUGAACCGGCGGUGCCGUGUUAACCGUGUAACAGUGUUAAAGAGAGAGCGAGAGAGGGAAAUAAACCAUUGCUUGUUCACAUCUUAAAUAAUUACAAUACCACAGGAAGUGAUGUGCUUAGAUUCUACUAGGGAUGCAUCGAUACAGAUAUCAGUCAGACGCGAUGCUCAUUUGCUCGUAGAGAUGCCCGGACGCCAAAAUCUAAUGCUACGUCCUACACGUAGUACGCCAAGCAGCAGCCGACACAAAAUGGCGGCGAUCUGAAUGUAUUUCACAAUUGAGGUAUAGAUGCAUCCCUAAAAUUGAUGUUUUCCUGCCCUUUGUAUGUCAGAUUUUUAAAAAAUGUGGCAUCUGAUGGACUAAAAUGAUCGUGAACCCCUUUGUGAAACCAUGGCAACAAAAUGUCUGACACACUUGUGUAAUUUAAAUAUACCUUAUUUAUCAUCA